AUGGCAUUCACACCUACGCAUCCUUACAACGCCUGGCGUGCAUCGACCGGCGUUACCGAAUUCCAGGCCACCAUGGCCGACGCAUGCCGCAACUACUACGAGGGUACGACCAGGCCCUACAACAAAACGAGAGUCCUGGCUGUCUGUUGGGAGAAGGAUGAGUUCUCAGGCCUUGGCACCCAGGCCAGGCGUGUUCGGGACCUCUUUCAGCAGUCCUAUGGCUACGAUGUCGAGCUUUUGGUUAUCCAAAUGCAGGAUCCAAACCCAGAUGCCACGAUUUCAUCCAACCUCGGUCGAUUGCUCAGUGGACUCAAAGAAGGUGACUUGGCCAUUUUCUAUUACAUUGGCAACGGAGACCAAGGGGGCUUCCAAGAAGUGCGAGCCCAGAUCAUCGACCCAUCUCCUGCUGACGUCCUCAUUCUUUUGGACUGCUGUGUUGCUCCUGGGAUAGGCAUUGGACACCGCAAGGAACUGAUUGCAGCAUCAGCCUUUGACGGGACAACUGAAUAUAGCCCGUCUGGAUUUACCGAUGCCCUCGUCCAGCAACUUCAGCAUGCCAUUGACAACCGACACAUCCUAUCCACGGCGCAACUCUACAAUCGCCUGGCCACUCCACACUUGGCCACUCAACAUUUGGCCAUUCAGGGCCGAAUUCCCCAGCUCAAUGCCAUGCCCUACUUCCUCCAGAACUCAGGGGAGAAUCGGGCACCCAUCAUGCUGGCUCCCAACAUGUCUCAUGAGACCUGGACUCCGGGGGCGGUCUUGGCAAUCUUUCAAAGCCCAGUCAUCGUCAUCCUUCACGUCCAUCUUCGAGAUACUCACGCUGCAACUUUGGACCAGGUGAGACAUUGGCUCUUCGAAAACCGUCCUCAUAAUAUCGAUAGGGUCGGGAUCAAAUCUAUGUCCCCAUCUUUACCUAAAGGUGCGAUUGCCAUCAUCAGCGUUACCUUGUAUAUAUGGUACACGCUCCGCGAGGACCCGGCCAUUUCAUUUAUUGGCUUUGAGGAAAAUGAUGACCCUGCUAUACAUAAUCCCCCGGUUAUGCCAUAG